AGAGUAAAAUCAGUCUUUUGAGUCUAAUAUCACUUUCUGUCUUUGCAUUAAUAUCUCUUAAGAUGAUUAGAACACCUCUUCAACUGUUGGUCCGGGCUUCGGCCCAGAAGCUCAGGACCUUACACACCAGUAGAGUUGCUGCAUCAGGACAAAUAUUUGUGCACAGAGAUACUGAAGCCAACAACCCAAAUACUCCCUUUGAAUUCACAGAAGAGAAUAUGAAGAGAGUAAAUGACAUCAUAGCCAACUACCCGGAUGGUCAUCAGGCAGCGGCCUGUCUACCCAUCCUAGACCUUGCCCAGAGACAGCAUGGAUGGACACCCAUCUCAGCCAUGAACAAGGUAGCAGAUAUCCUCAAGAUGCCUAGGAUGAGGGUGUAUGAGGUAGCCACCUUCUAUACCAUGUUUAACAGGAAUCCAGUAGGCAAAUACCAUAUUCAAAUCUGCACAACAACACCAUGCAUGCUGAGAGAUUCAGAUAGUAUCCUUGAAGUGAUCACAAGAAAAUUAGGAAUCAAAGUUGGAGAGACAACCAAGGAUAACAUGUUCACAUUGGCCGAGGUUGAAUGCCUAGGAGCUUGUGUGAACGCACCCAUGGUUCAGAUCAAUGAUAAUUUCUAUGAAGACCUGUCUGUCAAGGAUAUGGAAGAGAUAAUUGAUGAUCUCAAGGCUGGUCGGACACCCAAGGCUGGUCCUAGGAGCACAAGAUUUGCAUCCGAACCUGAAGGCGGCCUAACCAGUCUUACAGAACCACCAACCGGGCCUGGCUUCGGCGUACGGGAUGACUUGUGAGGAUAAACCACUGCUAUUAGCUUGCUAGAAUUGAAUAGAUUUUUAUCAAAUUAUUUGUCAUUUUGCUUCAAAACAUGUAUACCAUUGAUCCUAACACUUUGCAUAGAAUUGAUUGCAAGGCCACACCAACUCCUGCCAACUGUUCAUUUCAGAAAGAUAAGAACUCUCUAUUUAAAAUAUGGUCAAUUCUGCCAAACUUGAAUCAAGCUGGACUGUAGAAGUAUCUUUAAUAUAUUAGAUAUCAAUGAGGUUAAUGAACAAUGGGCUUACAUGUUACGUUGACCAUUGACAAAGGAAAAUCAACUGUCAACUAUAUUGUGAAAUAAGAGUUGUGAGUCAUGGCAGGAAUCAGUGUUGGUGUGUGAGGGUGAGCACAUUGUUUUUCUUUCAAGUCUAUUGGGACAAUGCAUGUUGGAUAACAUCAUCACAAGACUGGACAAUAUUGUCUUGUAGAUGUAUUUAUUGUGCAUCAGAAGAACUCUCAGGAACUCUGAAGUUCUAAGGAAUACAUAUUUGUGGGUGGUUUUACAGAAUGUAAAGUAUCUGGACUUUAUGACUGUAAAUAGAUAGGUUCAAAUAUGUCUGGAUAAACAAACCACCUUUUUUGGUCAAAUUUUGUCAUUUCAUGUUUGUAUAGAGUGACUUCUGAAAGCCUGGCAUCAAAGACAAAAAUGUUCCACCCUUGUUCUCAGGAGAACCAGUACAACUUCUUAUUCUGUUUUGGGCUCCUGGUUUUACAUUCACAAAAUGUGACCUCAAAUCCAGAUAAGCCUAGUUUCCAGAAAAGCCAUAUUAAGAUUAAAUAUCCCAUUUCAUACACAAAAUUAUCCAUUAUGAUAUUGGUGAUCAUAUGCAUUACUUGCAACAUGUAUGAAGAGCUUAUGAGUACAUAUCAGUAUUUCCUGAAGAGUAGACUUACCCACAGAUGCCUGAUUCCCCCCCCCCCUAUAAAGUGUAUUUACCAUAUAAAUAUUGUGGGAUGGGACUCUUGAGAAUAAUGCAUUGCUUACAGUUAGUUAACAAGCAAACAUGAAAUGACUAGAUGACUUAUUUUGUGUUCAUUGACAGGAAUAUUUUCAAGCUAAAAACAUCCACUCUGAAAGUGUAUGACAUGUAUGUCUCUUUAUGAAGGAAAUCAAUAAAUACAAAGUUCUCAUAUUUGA